AUGAUCCUCGAAGAAUUUCUCUUGAGGGUCGCUCCUGUCUACGGGCGGUGGCUCUUCAAUCUCCCAAAACCGUUUUCUACGUUUCAAAAGCUGGUUUUCUACGUUGAGCUGGGAUUCCGUAAAAAAUGGGAAGCUGGAGCGAAUAAAGCUGAAACCGGAACGACAAGUGUAUUUACAGUAUCUGACGAAGAUUACAGUUGGAUUGUUCCAUCUCAGAACGCACUUAAAUCAAAGGAGUGUACAAAGGUUAUCUUCCUCGGCCCAUUUGAGGAACAAAAUGGAGUUCUCGGUUUUGUUAACUGCAUCAGGAAAGAGUCUGAAGGUCAGAAAGCCAAAUGCGUACUUCUAUUAGACAACUCAAUUCCUGAAUUUCAACUCGAAAAUACAUUUUAUAAAGAACAGCUUGCAAAAGACCUUGCGAUAAACAUUGUUAAAAAUGGCAAAUGGGGAACUUAUAGACAUUUUAAAAUUGAAGAGGUGACCAGGAAACCAGCUUUCCACGUAUUCACUAAUCUCCUAACCCGAGGUGAUCUAUCCAGCUUGAAUUGGAUUCAAGGGCCUAUCACAGACUUGAAUGGAGAUGAUAAGGUGGUUAUUCAAUUCACUGCUCUCAACUUCCGAGAUGUCAUGUUAGCUACUGGGAAAUUAGCAGCAGAAGUCAUCGUCACAGAUAGAAAAGCACAAUCCUGUGUUAUUGGUUUCGAAUUUGGUGGCAUUGACAAGAAUGGAAAACGGGUCAUUGGUAUUUCCCAAUCUGGAGCUCUAAGUUCCAUUGUUGCCGCCCAUAGAAAUCUUACAUGGGAUAUUCCUGAUAAUUGGACCAUGGAAGAUGCUGUAACUGUUCCAGUGGUGUACGCAACUGUGAGUUGUAAGAGGACCAGAGUUGACCAAACUCACAGAGUAACACGGCUGGCUUUUGCUCGAGAACACAGCCAUUGGACUAUGGACGAAUGGAGUGCUGAUCAGAGCGCUGUUCUCUUCAUCGACUCCCAAGCAGCCAUCCUUGCUGUUACAAGCACGAAUGAAUGUUUAUCGAGUGCUAUAUUGGAAUGUAAAUCCCUCCUCUCUAACCUGACACACCGAGGCACCAAUGUGGUCCUACAGUGGAUCCCCAGCCAUUGUGGGAUUCCGGGUAACGUUGAGGCUGAUAUUCUUGCCAAGCGAGGAACAGAUUUGCCUCAGCCGAUACAUCCAAAACCUUACGACUCAAUACGGCGAAUGGUGAAGAUGGUAGUGAAGGAGGAAAUAAGAAAAGUACAUUUCGGCAAAGUGGAAGGGAAGCGUUACGAGUGGUUGAAGGAUAAUCCGAUUCCAGCUGAGCUGCCGAGAAGAGAUGCAGUACUGUAUGCUUUUAUAGAAAGGGGAAAAAUUAAGAAAGGAAAUACCAUUUUGAUACACUCUGGAACUGGAGGAGUCGGCCAAGCUGCGAUACAUGUAGCAUUGUUCAAAGGCUGCACAGUUUUCACAACAGUUGGCACACAAGAGAAACGAGAUUUUAUAAAAAAACAUUUUCCUCAGAUAAAGGAAAGCCACAUAGGAAAUUCUAGAGACACGACCUUUGAACAAAUGAUCAUGAGAGAAACCAAUGGAAGAGGCGUAGAUAUGGUUUUAAACUCGUUAGCGGAAGAUAAGUUGUUAGCAUCUGUUCGAUGUUUAGCUAAAGGUGGCCAAUUUUUAGAAAUAGGGAAAUUCGACUUAUCUAGAAAUAAUCCAUUAGAUCAGUAG